AUGGACGCGACAUUUAGCAGCAACGCGGACCGCCUGGAGUACCUAUACCUGAACCUAGUUGGUCAGCUGGUUCAGGUGCGCCUGGUAGAUGGCUCGGCGCUGGAGGGUAUCUUCGUCUCACGCACAGACGUUGACGCAGACACGGAGGCGGGCAUUCUGCUUGGCUGCACUCGCUACCUCCCCUCCUCGAAGCACAAGUCGCUGGACCCCUCGUGCUUGGAGUUAGAGGAGGACAUAAGCAUCCCAUACCGGGACAUAGUGAUGGUGGAGGUGCAGAACGCAAAGAUUCGAACAGAAGUGCCUGGCCGAGCGGAAGCCACUCGCAGCGACUACGCCACCACCAAAAUCGAUUGGGCCGAUGAGGGUGCCAAUGAACUGCUGGACAGUGAACAGCACCAAACAGGGGCGUGGGACCAGUUCGAGACGAACGAGAAGAACUUUGGGGUAAAGACGACUUAUAAGGAGGAGAUCUACACCACUCGACUGGAUCACAGCAAGAUCACAGAGGAACAAAGGGCCCACGCGGAUCGUGUUGCUCGUGAAAUCGAGGUCUCCGCGACGCGUGGCAUUGCCCACCGAAUGGAGCGUGAGGAGGUGUUGAAGGAUGAUGGGGGCAUGGAUGAGGGCGCACUCCACUCGGAUGUGCAGCGCCCACAGGAGAAGAAGAAAACAUACACUCCUGCCGUUGUUGCUGCACGGAAGGCUGUCGGAGAACUUCAGCCGGUAGCCUCAGCUCCAGUGUCAAUUGCACCGGCCGCCACAGCAGCAGGGAUGGGGGUAGAAGAUAAUACGAUGCGUCACAGAAGGGGCGAUGAGGAUAAGAUUUCAAUGCAGCAUGAUAACCACCCAAGGUCUCCUGGAUUUAACCCUGCGGCACCACCGUAUACGCCUAUGAAGCCUGGAGGCGCUCAUGCACCAGUGCUUGACUUUAUGGCAUCAUUGGCCGAAGCGAUCAUGAACAACAACCAGUGCUACACGGCCCUUUCUAAUUGGCCCGGUACCUGUAUGUACUACGACCAGGACGAUUCGUCAUAUUCGCAACACACCUACGAGAGUGCCGCUGUUCCACCGAACAUGGGGGCAACGCCGCAGAUGUACAUGGGUCAGCAGCAGGGUAUACCAGCACAUCAUAGAGCCUAUCAAGGUGUGGGGGGGCGCAUAAAUCCGAACCAGCAGAUGCCAAUGCAUCACAUGCAUGCCCCGUCAUUUCAUCAGCAGCAUCAGCAUCAGCCCCAGCCCCAACACCAACACCAACACCAACAACCGCCGCAGCAGUCGUUUCAUGGUUACAGCAAUUACAUGCAGCAGCAUUCAAACAACGCAGCUAUGCAAGACUACCCACCCAAUAAGGGAGCCCCACCAGGUCCUAUGCGUAGCAACAUGCGGCAGCCAAAGAGCAGCAGUGCCUCCCGUGUAGAACCGCAGCAACCGGUUAACGCUAACACUUCUGUUGCCCCUACACCGGUGUCCACCGUGGAUAGCACACCAAACCCCGCCGCAGAGGUGAAGCACGCACCGAAGCUGCAGCGUGGUCGCGGUGGUGCCGCACCCCAACGCGGUGACACUGGCGACGGCGCGGGCGAGACGGCGGGUGGCAACACCGGUACUGUGAAUUCCUCCGCUGGCCCAAAGAAGCGAGGUGGAAAGUAA